UAUUUCAUAAUAUGUUAUAAACAUAUAAUAUAUAAAUAAUUUAUAUAUAUAAUGUUCAUUCCGCGCAAGGCGCGGAUCCUAACCUAGUUAAGGAAUUAUUGCUCAAGUUCACAUAAUUCCCAGAAAAAAAUUAUUAUAAUAAUCCACUUUUUGUAAACCCAGGCUGCCUGAAUUCUCUGUAGUGAUACGGGUUCAUCACUGUUUUGUGGACUCCACGACACGUGGCGGUCCACGAUUAGUUCAACUAUUAUUAUUAUUAUUUUUUUAAAUCAAACAGAAAAAAAAUCAAAAUAGUGAAAUAGGGAAUCGCACUCCUCCAGUUCGCUGAUACCGAUGUCCUCAGAAAUUUUCAAGUUCAAUGUUGUUGCCGACAAUAUAAGAGAGAUAAGGUAAUGUGUUUUUUUUUCUUUGACUAUAUGGAUGGAUCUUGUUUCUUCACUAACUGUCACGUGAAAGUGAUAUAAAUCCAACGGACCGUUCACUCAUCCUUUCAGGUGUUCGUUAGCUAUCCAUUUUGGAUAUUACUCGUUGUCGCAGCAAUGUGGUGGCAACUACCAACCUCAAAUACAGUUUGGUUCGCCACCUUCUAUUUGAUCAUCACGUGUCGAUCGUUUUAUCAGACACCUCAAGUGAGAGUUGUGUGUACGUAAACGCCUGCAUAGAUUCCACUUACUUUGUAAUUUAUUACGUAUUGAAACUUUUUUAUCAACAAAUAUAGCUGUAGAAGAUUUUAGUUAUAGAAAUAAUAUACAUUACUGGUGAACAGCUACAGGUUGAUUGAUCAGAGAUAAAGGUACAAAAUGUAUCGAUCAUAAAAUAGCAAUAUUUGUUGCUAUAUUAUUUUUAUCAGCGACAUAAUUUUAAAAUUGCUAUGUUCUUAUUUUAAAUGAUUAAUUAAUAAUAAUGGUAUCAAUCAUUUCCCCUCAUUUUUAUUACCAAAAUAAUAAUAAUGGUAUCAAUCAACCAUAAAUGUUUAAAUGUCAUUAGCAAUUAAUUCGAUUAUCAUCUAUAAAAUCUGAGGGCGAUCCACCGUUUUGGUUCUCCCUUCUCCUCUCCUCUUCCUCUUCCUCUUCCGUAUGCAUAAUCGUAUAAACUGAUACGUACCCACGUAUUUGAUAACCCUCUCCAUAUAUACGGAGUACGUAUAGUAUACGGAUUCCUGGGUUUAGGUUAGAAGUGGUUUUGGAGAGACAAUGGACGGAAGAACGAAAAAGGCUUCCUCUUCUUCCUCGUUAACCUCUGAGCUUUUCGGUUCCAAAGUAAAUCCUUUGCCUUCUUCCUCUUCUGGUACUUUCAGAUCGAUUUUCGCUCCUCCUUCUAAGGUUAUGGGAAGAGAAUCUAUGCAAAUGCAACAAGACACUGUGACUGCUGGCUGGAACGAGAAAUCCUCCAAGAUUGGUGAUGUUAAUAGACAGAGAGAAGAACAAGAUAACCUUGGUUCAGUUUAUCAGGAUCAGAGAGUGCAACCUUGUCAUCUGAGUUCUUCCAUCUAUUACGGUGGCCCCGAUGUCUAUUUCCAGUCUCAGGAUUCGAGCUCAAACUCUACGGAGAACAAGAAAGAGGGGGGCGAAGAUGAUUCAGGAAGUGCUUCAAGAGGAAAUUGGUGGAAAGGAUCUCUGUAUUAUUGAAUAGAGAUCUCUUUUGCUACUUAUGCCAAUGUUAUACUUCAAAAACAAGGUACAUAUAGGACCAAAAAACUAGAGUCCCCUUGGAGUGGAUCAGUACGUUUUAGUAACUUCUCAUCUUAUUAUUACAACAAGUAUGGAAGAAGUUUGAAAGGUAGCAGCUACAAAAGAACAUGGGAGUUUUGUUCCUUGUGUUCUUGUCGUGGUUUAGUGAUUUACCCGGUUGGAUUUCUAUUUUCCUUAAACGUACCUAUAGAUAAACCGUUUAUGGUUUUGUAUAAUACUCUAAUAAAUUUACAGUUUCCACGCAUGUAUAAAUUAAUUAA